AUGACGUCAUGGCAUUAUAAUCUUGGAAUAGUAAUUUUAAAAUUUACAACCAUGGCUGAUGAUAUGCCAACUUUCAAAUGUGUGUUGGUCGGCGACGGUGGUACCGGCAAAACAACUUUCGUCAAACGACACUUGACUGGAGAGUUCGAGAAAAGAUAUGUCGCAACAUUAGGUGUUGAAGUGCAUCCCCUAGUUUUCCACACAAAUCGUGGUCCCAUCAGAUUUAAUGUUUGGGAUACAGCCGGUCAAGAAAAAUUUGGAGGACUUCGAGAUGGCUAUUACAUUCAAGGUCAAUGUGCUAUCAUUAUGUUUGAUGUCACCUCACGUGUUACGUAUAAAAAUGUACCCAACUGGCACCGAGAUUUAGUACGUGUUUGUGAAGGAAUUCCAAUCGUUCUGUGUGGUAACAAAGUAGAUAUAAAGGAUAGAAAAGUCAAAGCAAAAACUAUUGUCUUCCACAGAAAAAAGAACCUUCAGUACUAUGACAUCUCUGCAAAAUCGAAUUACAAUUUCGAAAAGCCAUUCCUUUGGCUAGCCAGAAAAUUGAUUGGCGAUGGUAACCUAGAAUUUGUGGCCAUGCCUGCAUUGGUUCCACCUGAAGUCACAAUGGACCCACAAUGGCAGAACCAAAUUGAAAAAGAUCUUAAAGAAGCUCAAGACACUGCUUUACCAGAAGAGGAUGAAGACUUG